GUUCCUCUUAUCUUUAUCACUAAAACGUAUAUAAACGAUUUUAUUUCUGCGGAUAGUACAGUCUCAGUUUGACUAACAAAACAAUUAAAACCUCGAAAAAACUAAAAAAAAAAUGGCCUUCAGAUUUGUGAUUGCUGUAUUCGGCGUUGUUGCUCUUGCUACCCAGAGCUACGCUGCUUGUAUCUGUGCACAACCAGCUGCUGCAAUAUGCGGUGCUAGCCCAAUAGAACCACCAGCCCUUUUACCCAAUGCUCUUCCUUCAUGGCUCCAGUCCGCUUUGGCAUCUGCUGCUGCCGCUUCUGUACCAGCACCAGCACCAGCACCGGCACCAGCACCAGCACCAGCACCAGCAGCUCCUUUAAAUCCUGCGGUCUUGACAGUGCAAGAGCCUGCCGAGACUACUGACCAAAGACCAGAUAACAUAAUUGCUUUGCCAUUGCCAAGUCAAAUCCCGUUGGCCAACUACUGCGUCUGCCAAAAGCACAUCAUCAAACCCAGUUUGGUUCCUACAGUGACCGCUCCCGUAGCUGCUCCAGCUGCAGCUGUCCCUGCACCCGCACCCGUGAAUCCCAGCCUAUUGUUGGCCAAAUUAAAGGGACUGUUGGCCGCUGUACCCAAGGCUGCUCCACAGAAGUGCUCUUGCUCAUGCGCCUAAGUUUAAAAUGAGAAUUUAUUGAUCAAAUAAAUUGAAACCAUGUUUUUUCUUCCGAUA